AUGAGCAUCAGAACCCCAUCACCGCUGGAACAUCUUGCCAUGCAAAGCCUACUCAGCAACCAGUCCCUGCUGGUCUCUGCCCUGAAGGAUCUAUCCAUGCAUCUGUUUCCUUCAGUCUUCAUGGAGGCCUAUGACCAGGGCCACACAGAGGUGCUAAAGGCCAUGGUGCAGGCCUGGCCCUUCCCCUGCCUCCCCCUGGGGGACCUGGAUGAGUCACUAGACCUGGAAACCCUCAAUGCUGUCUUGGAUGGGCUUGAUCUGCUACUUGCCAAGAAGGAGCGCCCGAGUGGGUGGAAACUACAAGUGCUCAAUCUUCAGGGUGAGAACUCAAAUAUCUGGAUAAAGGGGUAUACCUCCAUGGCCCUACUCUCAUAUCCAGACAUCAGCCUGCCUCAGCCAACAGGGAGUUGUGGUUUGUUGAUGACUGAAGAGCAGCCCUUGAUGAUAGUCAUGAACCUGACCAUCAACCAUGGCCCCCAGGAUGCUUUCCAGGCCUCCCUGCUCCAGUGGGCCAGGAAGAGGAAAAAACGAGUCCAGCUGUGGUGUAGGAAACUGCAGAUUCUGUCUGGCUCUAUCUAUAAAAUACAGAAGGCUCUGCUUACAGUGCGUCUGGACUCCAUCCGGGAGCUGAAGGUGAAUAAAUUCUGGCUUCGAGAAACCAUGAAAAACUUUGCUCCUUACCUGAGCCAGAUGAAGAACCUUCACAUCUUCAACUUCUCCAAGAUGAGUGCCAAGUUCUACACUUCCACCCUCAAGAAUGCCUGGUAUUCCUGCCAAUAUGCAGCACAUCUGGGGCAGCUGCAGCAUCUCCAGGAGCUUCAUGUGCACAGUGUCUUCUUCCUGUAUGGAAAGUUGCCCAACAUCCUCCAGAGUGUGACACAUUUGAAGACCUUGUCUCUCCAUUCAUGUCCACUGAAGGAAACUGACAUAAGGUUUGUGUCCCUCAGUCCCUGCACCAAGCAGCUCAAGCACCUUCGUCUGAGGAGCUUGUUCAUGGGCUGUUUCAGUCCUGAGCUCCUGCGAGCCCUGCUGGAGCAUGUGGCUGGCACCGUGGAGAUGCUGGCCCUAGAGGACUGUGCCAUCACUAACUCUCAUCUCUCUGCCAUCCUGCCUGCCCUGAGCCAAUGCUCCCAGCUCAUCUUCUUCAGUUUCUAUGGAAACGACAUCUCCAUGGCUGCCAUGCAAAACCUCUUGAGCCAUACAGCUAGGCUGGGCCGUUUGAGACUAGGGCUCUAUCCUCUCCCUCAAGAGGGCUACCCCUCUCAAUAUUUGGGCCUAGGGAGCAUUGGCCCUGAGAGAAUUGCCCAGGUUUGGGAUCAGUUGAUACAGGCAUUGAGAGACAUGAGAACAACCCAGAAGGUCCAAAUCUGUCCCAGUUUUUGUCAUUGCCACAAAAAGUGCCUAUUCUAUAGCCUGGGGCCUGAUGGCUCUUGGGUUCUUAAAAUUGAGCCUUCUCCUGACCUUUGUGCUCUCCUUGUGUAG